UUCUUCAUUGUCUACCUCCUUACUCUCAUGGGUAACGCUUCUAUCAUCUGUGCAGUGUGCUGUGAUCAGAGACUCCACACCCCCAUGUACCUCCUGCUGGCCAACUUCUCCUUCCUGGAGAUAUGGUCACAGACAGAUGAAAACCUUCAGCAGCACCAUAAACUCCAGCACCAUCACUGGCUUCAUCCUCCUGGGCUUCCCCUGCUCCAGAGAGGAGCAAAUUCUCCUUUUUGUCCUCUUCUUCAUUGUCUACCUCCUUACCCUCAUGGGCAACAUAUCCAUCAUCUGUGCUGUGUGCUGUGAUCAGAGACUCCACACCCCCAUGUACAUCCUGCUGGCCAACUUCUCCUUCCUGGAGAUAUGGUAUGUUACUUCCACAGUCCCCAACAUGUUAGCCAACUUCCUCUCUGAAACCAAAGUCAUCUCUUUCUCUGGAUGCUUCCUGCAGUUCUAUUUCUUCUUCUCCUUGGGUUCUACAGAGUGCUUUUUCCUGGCAGUCAUGGCAUUUGAUCGCUACCUUGCCAUCUGCAGGCCUCUACAUUACCCUGCCCUCAUGACUAGGCACCUCUGCAACAUCCUUGUGAUCAGUUGCUGGGUGCUUGGUUUCCUCUGGUUCCCUAUUCCCAUCACCAUCAUCUCCCAGAUGUCCUUCUGUGGGUCCAGAAUUAUAGACCACUUCCUGUGUGACCCAGGUCCUCUUUUGGCCCUCGCCUGUUCCAGAGCCCCAUUGAUGGAGUUUUUCUGGACAAUUAUAACAUCUCUUCUCCUGUUUAUUCCGUUUCUCUUCAUCAUGGGAACUUAUAUAUUGGUCCUGAGAGCUGUAUUUAGAGUUCCUUCAAGAGAUGGACAAAAAAAGGCCUUCUCCACUUGUGGUUCUCAUCUCACAGUAGUUUCACUCUUUUAUGGCUCAGUGAUGAUAAUGUAUGUGAGCCCAACAUCUGAGCAUGAAGCUGGAAAGCAGAAGCUUGUGACUCUAUUUUAUUCCGUGGGUACUCCACUCCUUAAUCCUGUAAUAUACAGUCUUAGGAACAAAGACAUGAAAAACGCCCUGCAGAAGAUUUUAAGAAUAUAAAAAUUCAAAUUUUAAGCAACCAAAACACAUUUAACCACAUACACAUAUAUUCAAUACAUAUUGACUUCAUACAUAUGUAUAUAUAUACAUAUAUAUGUGAAUAUUAUUCAAACACAAGAAUGAUUAAUUGUGCCUUUUAUAGCAACAUAAAUAACAUGGAAAAAACAUUUUAUGAAGUAAAAUAUGUCAGUUAUGGGACAUAACAAAUUCUGCAAGUUAUCACUUAUGUGUAGAAAGUGUUCUUUUAAAAAUGCUUAGGAUGAUGCUUUGCAGAGACUAGGAAGUAUAAGGAGAAGCAAUGUGGUUAGUGUUUACAGAGGGUGCAGUUGGAUAGGUACUCAACAUAAAUGUUUGAUAGUAUAGUAAUAUAAUAUAUCUGAGAAGCAUUAAUUCUA